AUGCUAGUAAUCGUUGGCGCGUCCGGCAAGCUCGGCUUCGCGACCUUGUCCGCCCUACUUGAUCGACAGCUCAUAUCGCCCGAGGAGAUCGUCUGCACAACCUCAUCGCAAAGAGGUGAAGCCAAGCUCUCCGACGCUCGAUCAAAGGGCGUGCAAGUGCGCAAAGCAGACUGGGAUGACUCCGUGGAGCACUGGACUCAGACGUUGGAAGGCUGCACGAAACUCUUCUUGAUCUCAAGCGCUCGGGUCCAGAAGGAUCACGGGUAUGAGUAUCCUGAUGCUGGUAGGGAGGCCGAUCAUUUCAAGGUUUUGGAGGCGGCCGUUCAGGCGAAGGUCGGACAUGUGUACUACACAAGUCUGGCGUUUGCGAACCCAAGUCUGAGUCGUGUCAUGACGGCGCAUGAGCGAACCGAACGCUGGCUCAAGGCAUCGUCCUUGAGGUGGACUAUUGUGCGAGAAGGACUCUAUAAUGAGAGCUGGCCACUGUAUCUUGCUACUACGACCUGGACCAGCAUCCCCGACCUUGGACUGGCGAAUGCUGCUGUUCUCGCUGCCCGAUCCGAUGUAUGGGCAGGCAAGACGUUCUACUUGUCUCAGAAGCAGACGAAAUCGUUAUCGGAAGUCGCUGCAAUCGUGUCCAAGCACAAAGGCCGUGAGGUCAAGGUGAAGAUAGUCGACCGACCCAGCCACGAGCGAUAUUACAUCGAAGAGCGAGGCAUGCCUGACGGCGGGAUCUGGUGGUGGGCCCGAACGUACGACGCGCUCGCCGCAAAUGAGUGUGAGAUCCACGACGAUACCUUGGAGACCAUUCUCAAGGGUUUCAGCGUGACGCCUAAGUCGAUGGAGGCGACUAUGGAGGAUAUGCUGUCAUAG